AUGAGACAAGCUACAUUCUCAUCAUCGGACGAUGCUUCGCAAUAUUUGGCUGACUACAUUAUCCAAAGAAUCAAGGGCUUCAAGCCCACUCCAUCGAAGCCAUUUGUGCUAGGAUUACCAACCGGGUCCUCGCCAGAAGGAAUUUAUGCUAGGCUAAUUGCUGCUUGCAAACAAGAAAGAAUCAGUUUCAAGAAUGUCGUCACAUUCAAUAUGGAUGAAUACUUAGGUUUGACUCCUAAGGACCCACAAUCAUAUCAUUACUUUAUGUACGAUAAAUUUUUCAACCACAUUGACAUACCUAGAGAAAACAUCAACAUUUUGAAUGGAUUGGCUACAGAUGUGGAUAAGGAAUGUGCAAACUAUGAAGCCAAGAUUAAAAAGUAUGGUAGGAUCAAUCUUUUCCUUGGAGGUUUAGGACCAGAGGGUCAUUUAGCGUUCAAUGAGGCAGGCUCGACGAGAGAUUCUAAAACUAGAAAGGUUGACCUUGUUGAAUCAACCAUCAAAGCCAAUUGCCGGUUUUUCGACAAUGAUGAAUCAAAAGUUCCAAAACAUGCUCUUAGCGUUGGUAUUUCUACAAUUUUGGAUAAUUCUGAUGAGGUUGUAUUGAUUGUGUUGGGUGAGAGCAAGAGUUUUGCUUUGGAUAAGACAAUCAAUGGGAAGAAAAAUGAUCCCAAGUACCCCUCUAGCUAUUUGCAAGAUCAUGAUAAGGUUUUGAUUGUGUGUGAUAAUGCUGCUGCUGGAUUAAAGUCGAAGUUGUAA